UUGGGCUGAACUGAACUGAACUGAAAUUAACGUAUGAGAACGGACCUUUAUUCUCACAUUCUAAAGGGUUAUGCAAAAAGGUCAAUUUUGGAAUACAAAAGAAGAAGAAAAAAAGAAAAGAAAAAAAAAGGAUGUAGGGUCCUGGGCUCCUGGUUGAGUAAUGAAGAAUUGAGGAUGGGUGAGUAACAGGAUUGAAUGAAGGAAAGCGUGCGCGAUGUGGCACACAGACACACAGACACUACCGCAGUAGCUCUGUAGUCACUGUUAUUUUCCUCAACAUUCAACAUUCAACAUUCAACAAUUCUUUGGAUUUAAAAAACAAUCAACAAUUCGGCAAUUAUGCACGCUUCUUCUUCAAUUGCCCUUUCUCUUUCUUCUCGGGCUCCUGCUCUUAAUCAAUCUCAACAACUCUUCUUCUCUCAUCUCAGUCUCAGUCUCAGUCCCAAUCCCAUUUAUUAUUAUGGAUUCUCUACUACAGGAACCAAAAAGCUUAGAUUUUGUACCCUCAAGCUCAAGGCUAGUUUUUGGGAAUCCAUUCGAUCUGGAAUCUUGAAAAACAAUACAACACAAGUUAUUGAACCAACAAUUCCUACUGAAGAAGAGGAGGAGCCUUUGCCUGAAGAAUUUGUGCUUGCUGAAAAAUCUCAAACAGAUGGGUCUGUUGAACAAAUAAUCUUUUCUUCUGGUGGAGAUGUUGAUUUGUAUGACCUACAGGCAUUAUGUGAUAAGGUAGGUUGGCCCCGUAGGCCACUCUCAAAACUUGGUGCAGCUUUGAAAAAUAGUUACAUGGUUGCCACACUGCAUUCUGUUCGUAAAUCACCUGAUGCAGAAGGUGAUGACUACAAGACGCUCAUUGGAAUGGCUCGUGCUACAUCUGAUCAUGCCUUCAAUGCUACAAUUUGGGAUGUUCUUGUUGAUCCAUCUUACCAGGGUCAAGGGCUUGGAAAGGCUCUUGUGGAGAAGAUGAUAAGGGCUCUGUUACAGAGGGAUAUUGGCAACAUUUCUCUCUUUGCAGAUAGUAAAGUUGUUGACUUCUAUCAAAAUUUAGGAUUUGAACCAGAUCCAGAGGGAAUCAAGGGAAUGUUCUGGCACCCCAAGUAAAAGUUCAUGGAAGAUGAAGGUGAAAUGUGAGACAAUGAGCACUUUGCUGAACUAGGCUGUGGUAGUAAUCGAUGUGUAAAAAUGUUCUGUUCUUCAUUGGUGUCAAGUUUUGGUUAAAGUUCUGUACGAGAUUACAAAUGUGUAUAUCAAAGAAAGUUCCAGGACUAACUUCAUGUAUGCAACAACUCAACAAGCAGCCCAUAGGCCAUAGUAUGCAUUUGGUUGGGGCAAUUGGGCUGCGGAUAAAAGUGAGAAACGUGACCACGAGUCCACCACAUUGAACCUACAA